UUGAAGCAUGAAAUGAAGAGGCUCAGCAGCCCCCAAUCACCUACACACAUUCUCUUCUCUUGUCAUGGCCUUCUCAGCUGCAUCAUCCUCUCUUCUCCCUCCUAAAUGCCCCAAAUUCUCUCCUUAUAUCCCACAAAAGAGCAGAAUUUCCAACUUCGUCCCAAAUAGGAUUACUGGUUUUGCCCCUAAGCAGAGGAUGGUGAAGAAGCCCCUCACAGUGGUUUGUGCGGUGGGGGAUGUAUCCUCCAGUGGGACCUCAUACCUCAUUGCUGGUGCGGUCGCCGUUGCGUUAGUGGGAACUGCUUUUCCGAUCCUCUUCUCUCGAAAAGAUUUGUGUCCAGAAUGCGAUGGUGCAGGGUUCAUAAGGAAGUCUGGUGCGACUCUAAGGGCAAAUGCAGCCCGUAAAGAUCAAUCCCAAAUCGUGUGUCCUCGUUGCAGUGGCUUGGGCAAGCUUGGUCAAAUUGAUAAGUAACCAAAUCAUGUAAUUCUUUGAAGUGAUGUCUUAUAUAUCUCAAUGUUCUUACAAAUUUUUAUUUAUUGAAUUAUGUUUGCGGCCAUAUACUA